AUGCAUGGGUCUAGAAGUUGCAUCGAGAAGGAAAGAAAAGGCUUAUUGGCGCUCAAGGCUUAUGUGAAUGAAGAAUAUUCAUACGAUUGGUCCAGUGACACGAAGAGUGACUGUUGCCAAUGGGAAAGAAUCAAGUGUGAUCGUACAAGUGGACGUGUGAUCGGACUCUUCUUGAAUCAUACAUACAAGGAGGAUCCUUUCCAAAUGAAUCUUUCCUUGUUUUAUCCAUUUGAAGAAUUAAAGACUCUUAAGUUAAAUUGGUUUGGAAGUACAGGCUGGUUCGAUGAUAUCCAUGGUUACAAAAGCCUCGGGAGAUUGAGGAAACUUGAGAUCUUGGAUCUUGGUGACAACAUCGUUAAUAAUAGUGUCUUGCCCUUUCUGAAUGCCGCUUCAUCGCUUAAAACUUUGAUUCUUCAUGGAAACUAUAUGGACGGUAUUUUUCCGGUGAAAGAACUAAAAGACUUAAGAAAUCUAGAAAUGCUGGAUCUAAGUGGGAACUUGCUCAUUGGCCAUGUGCCAGACUUGUCACAUAUGCAUAAGCUCCAAGCUAUGGAUUUGAGUGAUAACAAAUUUUCUGGAUUAUUGGAAAACCAAGGACUUUGUAAAUUGAAACAUCUGCGGGAGCUUGAUCUGAGUCGGAACAAAUUUGUAGGUCAACUUCCUCAGUGCUUUGGUAACUUAACCCAACUCCAAGUUCUUGAUAUCUCUUCAAACAAUCUCAAUGGGACAAUUCCUUCUUUUAUCAGCGAUCUUGAUUCUCUUGAGUACUUAUCUUUCUUAGAUAAUGAGUUUGAGGGUUUCUUCUCUUUCGAGUUAAUCGCUAACCUCUCAAAGCUCAAGGUAUUCAAACUUUCAUCAAAGUCUAGUUUGCUGAAGAUAGAGACAGAAAUCUCAUGGCCACUGAGGUUUCAGUUGAGUGUCAUUGACUUGCAAUAUUGCAACUUGGAAAUAGUUCCUAGCUUUCUUCAUCACCAAAAAGAUUUGCGUCUAAUUAAUCUCUCCAACAACAAGUUGACCGGAAUAUCUCCAUCUUGGUUUCUUGAAAACUAUCCAAAACUUCAGGUUUUGCUUUUAAGGAACAGCUCUUUAACCAUCUUUCAACUUCCAAGACUACUUGUUCAUAGUUUGCAAGUCUUGGAUUUAUCAAUCAACAAGUUUGAUCAACGACUUCCAGAGCAUAUAGGACACGUACUACAAAAUACAAGACACUUAAAUCUUUCUAAUAAUGGGUUUCAAGGGGCUUUGCCAUCUUCUCUUGGUGAGAUGAAAAAGCUAUACUUUUUGGACCUAUCUCAUAAUAACUUCUCUGGUACUCUACCGAAGAAUUUUCGUGUUGGUUGUUACAAGUUGGGUAUUUUGAAGCUUUCAUACAACAGAUUUAGUGAACAAGUUUUCUCGCAGCCAACAAAGUUGGAGUCUCUGAUGGUUUUGAUUGCGGAUAACAAUCUAUUUACCAAGAUCGGAGAUGGGUUGCUUCAUUCAAAGGGUUUGAUAUUUCUCGACUUGUCAAAUAACUAUCUACAAGGUGUCAUCCCAAGAUGGUUUGGAGGCUUUUAUUUCUUGUAUCUUUCGGUUUCAAACAAUCUUCUUAAAGGUACAAUACCAAGAACCCUCUUUGACAUAUCGUUUAAAGUCUUGGACCUCUCUAGAAACAAUAUUUCAGGAAACUUGCCUUCACACUUCAAUGGUCGUCAGGGUAUGGGUCUGUUGUACCUCCAUGAUAAUGAGUUUAGUGGGGUGGUUCCAAGUACAUUGCUAGAAAAUGUCAUGUUACUUGAUCUGCGUAAUAACAAGUUAUCAGGGAAGAUCCCACACUUUGGCAGCAACAAAUAUGUUAUUUAUCUUUUGUUGAGGGGUAACACAUUAACCGGUCAUAUUUCUACUAGUCUUUGUGAGCUAAAGAGCAUCAAAGUCUUGGAUCUUGCCAACAACAAAUUGAAUGGGUCUAUACCUUCAUGUCUCAACAAUAUAUCAUUUGGAAGGAGCUUAGACUAUGAGAUAGAUCCUAAUCAUAGUGAUUCAUUUGGGAUUGCUAAUGGUGAAAAUGACCUAGAGGCGUAUUCGAGAUCCUUUGUUUCUAGGUUCUUGGAUUUACCACUUGAGCUUGAUAUAGAUUACUCAGGCUAUUUGGAGUUCACGGUCGAGUUUGCAUCAAAGAGAAGAUAUGAGUCUUACGGUGGAGAAAGUUUUGACUUCAUGUUUGGACUGGAUUUGUCGAGUAAUGAACUUAGUGGCGAAAUCCCGAAAGAGCUUGGAGAUUUUGAGAGACUACGUGCUUUGAAUCUGUCUCAUAAUUCUUUAUCAGGUUUAGUACCUGGAAGAUUCUCUAGUCUAAUGGAUAUAGAGAGCAUUGACCUUUCGUCCAACAUGUUGCAUGGAUCAAUACCUCAUGGUCUAACUAAGUUGGACUAUUUAGUUGUAUUUAAUGUGUCAUACAACAACAUGUCAGGCUCUAUUCCAAGUCAAGGCAAGUUUUUAACGUUGGAUGAAACCAAUUACAUUGGUAAUCCUUUUCUAUGUGGAUCACCGGUAAAUAGAAGUUAUGAUGAUAACAACACUACUGGUUUCAAGGAAACAGAUUAUCAAAGCAUAGAUGGUGAAUAUGCAAUAGAUAUAGAGACUUUCUACUGGAGCCUUGCAGCCACCUACGGUGUAACAUGGAUGGCAUUUAUUGUGUUUGUUUGCUUUGAUUCACCUUUGCGCCGACUCUGGUCUUGCCGUGUUGAUGCUUUUAUCAAUUUGUUCAAAUGUGUUUGA